AUGGCUGUCGUAUUAAUUUUUGCUUGUUAUUCGACAGCAGAGGUACAUGUCAGCAAGGAAUCCCAGAUCGCUGACCAUUGCAGYGUAUAUGCUACAAGCGAUCCUUUAGACAAAACCCUGCGAAAACGAUGCAAACACAAGCAUGACAAGAGUUGUGAGCAUUGUGAAGCUCUGGAUAGUGUAAUCAAGGACAUAGAAGGACUAAUAAGAGAAGUUUCGUUUCCAAGCAACGACGAGUUAGACGAGGCAUUGUACAUCCACGGUACAGCCAAACGUGUAAUACAGUCCUGGAAGUGCCACCAGCUAAGGUCAGUGCGUCAAGACCAAGCACGACAUGACAUCUUAGACACCAUCAACAAUAGCACCGUACUCAUAAUUAAUGACUGGGCCAUGAAGUUCAUCCCCCAUAUGUAUCGAGAAUCACAAAGCGAUUGGUUCSGGAAAAGGGGGAUAUCAUGGCAUAUAUCCGUUGUCUAUCGCCGAGAACAAGGUGAGCUACAGUGGCAAGCAUUCAUCCACCUAAUUCAGUCUUGCAGCCAGGACAGCCCUGCUAUUGUCGUCAUAAUGAAGCACGUUCUCCAGACCUUAAAGA